AUGCUGGAAGAGAAGCGUGCGAAAAAUGUGGUUUUCGAAGGAAGGAUUGCCACCGGCGACGAUCUCAAGAAAGUCGGUCCGAAAACGGACAAUGACCGCCAGAAGGUUGGGGCGGUGGCGGUUACUCCUUUGAGAGCUGUGGAGAGCGGCGAUGAACUUUUGCUACCAUAUCGGUUUCAAGGUACUAUCAUGAGAAAUCAGACUGAGAAUAAUGACCAUCCAACCGAGCAGAUGCCUGCCACUGCCCUGAACAGGGCUGCCAUCAGGCCUGCAGCGAGUGGUUUGCCUGGUGCUUAUCCAACGUAUCCAACGGGUUCCAAUAUCUCCGUGGCAUCUGGUUUCGACGAAGAAAACCAACUGCAAGAACAUGCGCCAUCUGACAUUGCCGCAUCGGGUCAACUUUCUACUAGCGGACUUGCCGAGCAAGCCAACACUGUAGGUCUUGUUCGGGCUAGACCUGUGUCAGAUGAACAUCUUCAGGACAGGCAAACUGCAGAGCCGGUCCCUGCCGUUGAACAACAGCAACAAGGUGGAGACCAUUCUCAAUCACAACCAACGGAAGACAAGGACCACUCGUUCCUGAGGCUCCUGUUGCUUCUGGCCUUUUGCGUUUCAUUCCUCGUUGUUAUUGGUCUCAUCAUUUUCUCUUUUGGAGGAGACAAAGCAACCAGUGAAAGUAGUAAUUUACCAGUACAAGCAGAACAAGUGGUCGGCGUGGAUCCCUCGAACAAUGCGACAGCACCAGCAGCUGAAUGGACCUGGGAUUUGCCGUUUGCAGUUCCCAAUCACACAAUCCAUACCAUCCAACGUGACACAGAACACGCAAACAAAGGCGUACCAAUGGCUGAAAGAACACCCGCUGCAUGCCAACUUUUCGAGUGA